GUGGAAGGAAGCUAGAAAGAACACUUGUGCUUUUGUUAGCCCUACAGAAGAGGCAGAGAAACAAGAGAUAACAAAGGCUCCAUUUCCUUUCUGUGAGAGAAGGCUUUUUUGUCUUUCCUCCUGCAACAAUGUCUGUGUCAGGCAAGAAAGAGUUUGAUGUGAAACAGAUCCUAAGGCUACGCUGGAGGUGGUUUAGUCAUCCUUCUCAAGGUUCGCCCAACACUGUAAGCUGCCUUCAGCAGGAAGGAUAUGAGCAUAGAGGGACCCCGGUUCAGGGCAGGUUGAAGAACCACUCUCGGGACAGAAACGGACUGAGGAAAAGCAACAGUCCUGUCCACCACAAUAUACUGGCACCAGUGCCAGGACCAGCCCCUGCCCAUCAAAGAGUCCUUCAGAAUUGGCACCAACAAAACCUGAUAGAACAUCUUCAAGCAAAUGAAGAUACUCUUAAAGCAGUUCCAGAAGAGAAUUUAUUCAAAGAGGCUUGUGAGAAACGCUCACAAGAUUUGGAGAUGAUGGCUGAUGACAAUAUAGAAAAUUCUACAGCAAGGUUAGGUACAGAACAUCUUGAAGAAAUUAAUAUGACCAGAUCUGAGGAGCAGUUUCAAGCUGUAAACCAUGCAGAGCAAACUCUCUGUAAAAUGGAGAACUACUUGAAAGAGAAACAACUGUGUGAUGUGCUACUCAUUGCUGGACACCUCCGAAUCCCAGCCCAUCGGUUGGUUCUCAGUGCAGUGUCUGAUUAUUUUGCUGCAAUGUUUACUAAUGAUGUGCUUGAAGCCAAACAAGAAGAGGUCAGGAUGGAAGGAGUAGAUCCAAAUGCACUUAAUUCCUUGGUGCAGUAUGCUUACACAGGUGUCCUGCAAUUGAAGGAAGAUUCCAUUGAAAAUUUGCUGGCUGCAGCAUGUCUCUUGCAGCUGACUCAGGUCAUUGAAGUCUGUUCCAAUUUCCUCAUAAAGCAGCUCCACCCUUCAAAUUGCUUAGGGAUUCGAUCAUUUGGAGAUGCCCAAGGCUGUGCAGAGCUUCUGAAUGUGGCACAUAAGUAUACUAUGGAACACUUCAUUGAGGUAAUACAGAACCAAGAAUUUCUCCUGCUUCCAGCUAAUGAAAUUUCAAAACUUCUAUGCAGUGAUGACAUCAAUGUGCCCAAUGAAGAAACUAUUUUUCAUGCUCUAAUGCAGUGGGUGGGACAUGAUGUGCAGACUAGGCAACAAGACCUGACGAGGCUGCUUUCUUAUAUCAGACUCCCAUUACUCCCACCACAGUUACUGGCAGAUCUUGAAAACAGUUCUAUGUUUGCUGGUGAUCUUGAGUGUCAGAAGCUCCUGAUUGAAGCUAUGAAGUAUCAUCUCUUACCUGAGAGAAGACCCAUGAUGCAAAGCCCUCGGACAAAGCCUAGAAAAUCAACUGUGGGGGCACUUUAUGCUGUGGGAGGAAUGGAUGCUAUGAAAGGUACUACUACAAUUGAAAAAUAUGACCUCAGGACUGACAGUUGGCUACACAUUGGCACCAUGAAUGGCCGUAGGCUUCAGUUUGGAGUUGCAGUUAUUGAUAAUAAGCUCUAUGUCGUAGGAGGAAGAGACGGUUUACAAACUUUGAAUACUGUGGAAUGCUUUAAUCCAGUUGGCAAAAUCUGGACUGUGAUGCCUCCCAUGUCAACACAUCGGCAUGGCUUAGGUGUAGCCACACUUGAAGGACCAAUGUAUGCUGUAGGUGGUCAUGAUGGAUGGAGCUAUCUAAAUACUGUAGAAAGAUGGGACCCUGAGGGACGCCAGUGGAAUUAUGUGGCCAGUAUGUCAACUCCUAGAAGCACAGUUGGUGUUGUUGCAUUAAACAACAAGUUAUAUGCUAUUGGUGGACGUGAUGGAAGUUCCUGCCUCAAAUCAAUGGAAUACUUUGACCCACACACUAACAAGUGGAGUCUGUGUGCUCCAAUGUCCAAAAGACGUGGAGGUGUGGGAGUUGCAACAUAUAAUGGAUUUUUAUAUGUUGUAGGAGGUCAUGAUGCCCCUGCCUCUAACCAUUGCUCCAGGCUUUCUGACUGUGUGGAACGGUAUGAUCCAAAGAAUGAUUCAUGGUCAACUGUGGCGCCUCUGAGUGUUCCUAGAGAUGCUGUUGCUGUGUGCCCCCUGGGAGACAAGCUCUAUGUGGUUGGAGGAUAUGAUGGACAUACUUAUUUGAACACUGUUGAGUCAUAUGAUGCACAGAAAAAUGAAUGGAAAGAGGAAGUUCCUGUUAACAUUGGAAGAGCUGGUGCAUGUGUAGUGGUGGUGAAGCUACCCUAAAUCUAUUUUUAUCAAAUGGAAUGAAACUGGAUAAUUUCAAGAAACAGAGUAGAAAGGAGAGAUGAAACACAUGUUAGUUAACCAUGUUAUUUACUGUGAUUAAUAUCAAAUUGGAAAGUUAUUGUUCUGUCUUAAUAUGUAGUUAUAAUUGCUCUCAUUUGUGAAUCCAACACAAAGUUUUAAACGUGAAUUACAUGAGUUCUAAGUGUAUGUGUUGUUGCAGCUGACAAUAUAAGGGGAAAUUCAAUAGUCUAGGUUUAGCCUCAUUAUUAUAAAAUGUUGAAAUAUUUAAUGAAAUUGAUGGAGGCCAAAGUGUUAAGGUUAUAAAAGCAUUAGUAAUUUUCAUAUUAAGAGCCUUGGAAGUUAAAAGCAUUUUUAAUUUCAAAAAAGGUACUCUAUUACCUGGAAUAUAACUUAAUAUAAAAGAGAACAUCUUAAAGCUUAAAAUAUAAAGUUUGAUUUUUAGUAAGACACCAUUCUCUCAUUCAGAUAAUAUCCUAACCAUCUAAAUAAUACCUCACAUUUACCAAAUGGAAAAAUUUUACUGUGUUAAGGCUGAAAAAAUAUGGCUCAUUGACAUAAUUGGUAAUGCUGAUCAUAGUAUGGCAAAUUUUUCACAAGCUUACUCAUUUUCAGUAACCAUCUGCCAGAGCACAUAUAUAGAUUUGAUAUUUCUUAACAAAUUUUCUUAUUAGAUUUGUUUCCAGUAAGAUAUUGUUGUAAUUUCAUAUAUACAAUCUAUACAAUAAAAUAGUGAAUAUUUAUCAUAUUGAUACAAACCAUGACCUCAACUUCAGAGUGUCAGAGCCUCAUUUAUAUAGAAAGAAAUGUCCUCCUCAAACAUUUAUGUGAACUCUGUAAACACAUAUCAUUAAGUUAAAUAAGUUUUCAAAAACAGGAUAAUUUUUAAAUUCAUUAAAAUUGAGAAGAUGUUCCACAAUGUUAACACAUGGAAACACCAAAAUGUGCAAUAUGCAUGGUCAAUUCUACAGUUGUCUUUUAUGUAUCAAUACAUACCUUUAUUUUAAUGUUAUAUUUAUCCCAUAGAAAAUGGUAAGGAUGUAUACAAUAUACAAAAAAAGACUUUUUUAAUUGAAAAAAACAAAAAAUGGCUAGUAUUUUAGUAGUAUUUUAUCUUUAAAUUCUUACCUCCAUUUCAUUCAAUUAUAAAACUAAGAUGAAAUAUUGAAAAGAACCUUUAUGAAAGUAACUUUUCAAGUAAAUGUACAAUUUUAAAAUUUCUAUAAUAAGCUCUUUUAAACAGACUUUGUAUUGUAGUUUGUGAAACCAACAAAUAAAAUCCAGAGAGAUACUUAUAAAAUGUACUACUACCUUUUGAGUUUUAAAAAAGAACAACAUAAACAUAAAUUGUAGAAAGAUAUUUGUACUCUGAUAAAUUGAAUUUAAAUAAAAUAUAUUUCCUCU